AAGAAACUAAACACACACUUGAUCCUCUCUACCCAAAACCACUAAUGGCUUCCUUCUCUCUCCCCUCUCUACUUCCCAACCAAACCCCUAAAAUCCCAUUUUCUCAUAACCUCUCAGUUCUCCCCAAAUCAUCACAAUCUCAGUUUUGUGGACACAAACUCUCUUAUGCUACUUCUCUCUCAAUUCCUACUACUUCUACUUCUUCACUACUCAAGAGUUCCAUUUUUGCCAAGGUGAACAAAGGUGGGGUGCCUCCAUCAUUUACUUUGAAAGAUCAGGAUGGAAAGACUGUGAGCCUCUCCAAAUUCAAAGGCAAGCCUGCUGUUGUCUAUUUCUACCCUGCUGACGAAAGCCCUGGUUGCACCAAACAGGCAUGUGCUUUCAGGGACUCCUACGAAAAAUUUAAGAAAGCAGGAGCUGAGGUUGUCGGAAUAAGUGGUGAUGAUCCAUCAUCACACAAGGCGUUUGCGAAAAAAUACAGACUUCCAUACACAUUGCUGAGUGAUGAGGGUGACAAGAUCAGAAAAGAGUGGGGCGUGCCAUCGGAUCUGUUUGGAACCUUGGCUGGAAGACAGACGUAUGUUCUUGACAAGAAGGGGGUGGUUCAACUCAUCUACAACAACCAGUUCCAACCCGAAAAGCAUAUUGACGAGACCCUAAAGCUACUUCAAAGUAUUUGAGUCCUUACAUUGGAUUCUCAAUGUUAACUUUAUGAUGUAGAAAUAUAUGAUGUAAAACAGGAAGAUGAAAUAGAGAAAGAUUAAGAACACUAAUAUAUACGUAGUUCGGCACUAAAGCCUACAUCCAACACUAAGUGUAUAAUAUAUUAUACAUAUAUCUAAUAUAUAUUUCAAUACUCAAUCCAAUGUGUGUUUUUUUUUCCUUCCCUGCCCAUCAAAUUUGUUCUCUACACGAUCCACUGCCUUAAACCCACUCCAUUUAGGGUUUUUAUUUCAAUCGAGUCAACCAUGGUUCAAGCAUGUUGAGCAGACUGUAUUUAUGGGAAAGUUAUAGAAGACUCUCCCCUAAAUUUUGUGAAAUUACACUACACUCUGGUGACCGGUAAAAAAUAGUUACUACUACUUGUCUUUUAGAGUAAAUUUUGACUCUUAAAAUUCAUUGUUAGAAUAAAGAGAGAGAUUUGAGAACAAUGAAUUAAACAAAUUCUAGACUGUAUUCAUGAAGAAAAAAAAAAAAAAAAAAGGUGUUAAAAAGUAAAUAUAUAAUAAACUCACUAAGACAAAUCUUGUGCUUUAAUCAGUAGGAAUGACUGAGUUUCCUCCCAAAAUAAUUUAAACGAAUUUCUGCUCUUAAGUUCUAGAUGGUAGUUACUUCAAAACAAACAAACAAAUAAAUAAAAAUUAAAAAAUGGAAAGAUUUUGUUUUUGUUUAGUCCCAAAAAUAAAAUAAAUUUUAGAUGUUACCCAGUUCCCACCCAACUAAAUUUGUGGCCAGUGUUGAUUUGUUAGACAUGUGACAGGCCUUAUUCCUCACUCAUUACAAAAGAUUAAAAUUCUCUCGUGGGUGCAAGAAUUCUAUUGCGGUAAUAUUUUGAAAUGCUUAAAAAACUACAUCCUCUUGAUAUGAAAAUUGGUGUUAACAAAGUAACAAGAGAGACGUUCAACUAAUUAGGUCAUUGUAUAAAAAUUUCAAAUUGGUAAGUCAGAAUGACCUCUCUCUCGGUGAAUUCACAUGGCACCCCAAACUAAAGGACAUAUUUUUAAGAUCAUGUCAACCCGCUAUGCCUGGGACAAUUUAAACCAAUUUAACCAACUAAAAAAAACUUGUUUUGUAUAAACUGUAGUAGAACCAUAAUCGGAAGUUGAGGUCAGCAAUCUGCCACGCCCAAAACCCAAUCUAUCCCCAUAAAUUUUUGCAGAGCAAUAGGCUCUCCCCACAUCUCCCUUAUCUUUCUCAACAACACAACCCCAUUCUUACUUUUAAUAACACAAGAAUCUAACACAACACACACUUGAUCCUCUACCCAAAACCCCACCUUCUCUCUCUCUCUCUCUCUCUCUCUCUC